GAAAGAAAUUUAAAUCCGAUUUACUAGUUCAGAAUGACUUGGUCCAAGUUUGGCAAACUAAUUGAAGACUUCCACACACUAACUUUAGAUACUGGAAAAGAAUAUUUUACUGUUCGUGGAAAAGUUACUCACAUAUUUAUCAAUAAGAACUUAAAUAACAAGUUUCGACAAAUAUCAUCUUUAACCUUGAGACCGGUUUCUCAUAGUUGUGGCACUCACGCUGUAAGCCUCCAAUUCGAAGGUGACUGGCAAGUUGUUGCUGGGUUCCUUCAAAAGGAGGAUGUCAUAUGCGUGUCUAAUCCUGUAGUUCAAGGGAGGGAAUAUGACUCGCUUGACGAAUAUCCAGUGCUCUUGGUAUUGAACAACUGCGAUCGGGAUGGAUCACAAGGACUAGGACUUUCUGUUUUAAAACAAGAUACUAGCUGGGAAGAGUUGAUUUUCAUUGAAAGCUGUGAAGUUCAUAAGCUAAAGGAUAGGCUAGUUUCUAAAGGAAAGGGUAAUGUUUCUACGGAAAACCAAACACUUUUCUUAAAAGCCUCUCAAUUGAGACAACUCAGUAAGCGUUAUCUACGAAAAGUAGAUAGGCCACUAGCCCGAAGUCGGAAAUAUUCAAAAUUGGCAGACCUCGGAGAGUUUGGUUUGAAGCACAGGAUUGUUAACGUAUAUGGUGUGGUAGCAGGCUUUCGUGCGCUAAGACCAACGAAAGGGAAGGAUUAUGUAUGUGAAACAACUCUCAUUGACCCCACUCAAUAUUCUGCUGGACAAGAAAUAACUCUGGUAUUGUUCUCAAAGUCGUUGUCCAAAACAAUCCCCGUCAAAAGUUUAGGUGAUAUUGUUAGGUUAAACAAUGUACUCACUCAGAAGCAUGGAAGCAAGUUGCAACUUGUAGUUACAUAUGAAGAAAGUUGUGUUGAACUUAUUGGUGGUGAUGUUGAUGAAGAUAUUGCAGUUGUUGCGUCAACAAGUUCUUCAGGACCAGAAUGGGAAGAUGAAGAUCUCCAUAUUGUGCGACAGUUGCGUGAAUGGGCACGGCUGCACUUCUCAAGUAUAGAAGGUUCCAAACCAUCACUUGUGGAAAAGGUUGAUUUCAGGAAUGUUUUCUGUUCUGUAGGCAAGGUGGACUUGGUCUGUCGCAUCGAGUCUGUUGUUGAAGAUAAGAUUGAUGCGGAAACAUAUUUGCUUGUGUGGGAUGGCGUUUCUUACCGAGAUGUAGAAUUCUCUCAAAGACAAUGUUUUCUCGUUGUUUUAUCAUGCGCAGCCAAACGGUCACAAUAUGUCUUUCAAUGUCCUUUAGUGGAGAAUAGUUGGAUAUUACUUAAAGAUAUUUGGAAACAAGUGCAAGAACCUAACAAUGAAAUAUGCAUAAUUUUUGAUAUCGAUAGAUCCAGCAGAACUUGUUCAACAAUGAUAUACUUGAAGGAGUGGAUGUAUCGAGUGCAACAAAAACUUGGAACUUAUCUUGUAUCCAGUUCUAUUGCGGGUGAACGGCUCAGACACAAGUUAGUAGACGAAGAGAAGAAAGAUAGUUUGACAGAGUUGAAUGAAUCCACAAAUGCACCAGUGAAUAGUGUAGCCCAUAUAAGAGCAAGUCCAAAAGCCUUUCAAUCUUCUCUUCUUCUUUCUGCAAAACUUGUGGGUUUCCGCCCGCGGGACAUAAGAGACUUUACAGUUCCGUGCUGUCGACAUUGUCAUAAGUAUAUUUUACAACCACAGGAAGUAGCAAGUCCAAAAUAAAAACUCCAUGAAGUUAGACAAUCAUGCCUAUGAAUUUCGCUAUUUGUUUUAUUUUAUCCUUAUGGACUCUUUGGGUGAAGAAAUUGAAGUUCUUGUCG